CAGCCUGUGCCCCACACUUUUCUGGGAGAGGUAUGCCACCAGGAUCGCCGCUUCCUUCCCUCCUGGGGUCCCUGCACCUGGGGAGUCAGCAUGACCCAUGCUGGCCGCUGUCCUUGAGAUAAACGCCUUUCUCUCGCUGUGGCAGCAGCAUGUCUGUGUCAGGAAAACCCCAGGGAGCGGCUGAGCUCACCCCUGGCCCCGAGGAGAAGCCAAGGGGAAAGCCGCUCUUCAACUGGGGCUCUCUCUUCGGCCACCGAAGUGAGAAGAUUGUCUUCGCUAAGAGUGACCGAGCCCCGGAGGAGAACAUGCUCACUAUCACCAUCACGGAGACCACCAUCAUCGAGUCGGACCUGGGUGUGUGGAGCUCCCGGGCCCUGCUCCACCUCACGCUGUGGUUCUUCUUCAGCUUCUGCACCCUCUUUCUCAACAAGUACAUCCUGUCCCUGCUGGAGGGGGAGCCCAGCAUGCUAGGUGCUGUGCAAAUGCUGUCAACUACGUUUAUUGGAUGCAUUAAAAUAUUUGUUCCUUGCUGUUUAUAUCAGCACAAAACCCGGCUUUCUUAUCCACCCAACUUCAUCAUGAUCAUGCUGUUUGUGGGUCUAAUGAGGUUCACCACGGUGGUUUUGGGGCUCGUCAGCCUGAAAAACGUGGCAGUCUCGUUCGCUGAGACGGUCAAGAGCUCUGCGCCCAUCUUCACCGUGAUCAUGUCGCGCAUGAUCCUAGGCGAGGACACAGGGUUGCUGGUCAGCCUCUCCCUUAUCCCGGUCAUGGCAGGGCUGGCGCUGUGCACAGCGACCGAGAUAAGCUUCAACAUCCUGGGGUUUUCAGCUGCGUUAUCCACCAACAUCAUGGACUGUUUGCAAAAUGUUUUUUCAAAAAAGCUCCUGAGCGGGGACAAAUACAGGUUCUCGGCUGCCGAGCUGCAGUUCUACACCAGCGCUGCGGCCGUGGCGAUGCUGGUUCCAGCCUGGGUCUUCUUCAUGGGCCUGCCUGUGAUCGGGGGGAGCGGGAAGAGCUUCAGUCUCAACCAGGACGUCGCGUUGCUGCUGCUGACGGACGGCGUGUUCUUCCACCUGCAGAGCGCCACAGCCUAUGCCCUCAUGGGGGCAGUUUCCCCUGUGACUUUCAGCGUUGCUAGCACCGUGAAGCACGCCUUGUCCAUCUGGCUCAGUAUUAUAGUUUUUGGCAACAAAGUCACCAGCGUGUCAGCCAUUGGCACCGUCCUGGUAACAGCUGGCGUCCUGCUCUACAGCAAGGCCAGGCAGUACCAGCGGGAGGCAAUGCAGAGCCUCGCUGCAGCCACCAGCAGGACGCCGGAGGAUGACGUGGAGUCACUGGUCCCUAAGGACCCCAGACCACACCACUGAGCUCUGGAAACCUCAGCCCGUGCCGAGGGCCCUGAGGCGCCACCCACUGCUGCUCUCCUCCACGCUGACACGGGAUCCCCUCUGCCUCUCCUGCUCCCUGGAAACCAGGCUCGGGGACACCCAGCCUCCACAGGUCACAGUUGGAGUGCAGGAGACUGGGGGAUGUAUAGCCUUUCCUGCUCCUUUUUUGGGUCUUCAGUCAAAACUGUCAGGAACUUGAAUGGGGAAUCCCAGAUGUCAGCUCCCUAGGGCAGAGACCAGAGCCAGCUGCCACUGAGCCAUCACCAAAUAAUGUGAAAACCGCCUCCCGCUGACCCCAUGCUGAGCACACGGGAGGGUGUUGGGACCAGGGACCAGCCUCUGCACACCUCUCGCCGGGCAGGCAGUUCCAGCUGCAGGGAGGCCAGGCCCAAAUUCCUCUGGGGGGUACAACUGUGAAGCCAGAGCUGGGUCCCAGUGCACGCCGCUCCCCGCUUGGUGCUAGUGGAGGGAACCCAGCAUCCCCACGCCAGCCAUCCAAGGCCACCCAACUCCUCAGCCAUCUGGGGAGACUGCUGUGCUGGGACAGAGGCCACUUCGCCCACUAGCUAGGCACAGAGGUCACAGCAGCCUGAGAGACCACAGAGCUGGGCAGAGUGGGGAGGGGACAGAUAGGGUGCAGACAAAGGGUCUCCUGCUGCUGAGGGCGGGGCAUUGGGCCCUUGCCUUCCCACCGUUCCACCUGAGGCGUCCUCCCACCCCACAGCUGCCAGCAUCUGGCAAGGUACCACUUGCAGACAGGUCAUUCGUGGAGGGGAGGGGUGCCCCACCCCCUUUCAGAGUCUGUGCUACACUAAGGCCCCUACCUCCCAAAGGUCUUGUCCCUCACCUGUGGCCAGGGCUCUGGCCAGUGACCCCCGAUGUGGUGAUUUCCGGCCCUAGAGGUUGAGGACAGACAUCUUCAGUGUUUAACUUGGGGCAGGGAGAUGCUGACAUUCUCUCUUGUCCUGGGCUCGUGUAUGUAACGAAGGCUGUGCUGAAGGGCUCCCGUGGGUGCGCUUUCUUCACUCAGCUGGUCAGGAGCCGAGCCUUAACUUGGUCUCAUGGAAGAGGAUGUUGUGGUUUUCCCUUGUGAAUGGAUGAGCAGGGGGAGCAGUGGGAAGAAGGUUUGCAGUGUUUUCAGUUUUUGUUAUGCUGCACUUAAAAUGACAGUAGUUUUUUAAAAAGGAAGCACAGGCACAGAUGCUCCUGGGAUGCACCGCCUGUGCCGGGUGAGCCCCCUCUGAACCGCAGCCCGCCGGCCGGGCCCCUCCCAGAGCCUGUGUCGGCUCGAGGCUCCUGACCUCUUCACCUCAUCCCUCAUCUCGCCUCCUGGUGCGAUUUCUGAUCAGACCAGGUCCAUCGCCAGCCAGUCCUUGAGGCCCUCCCCAUUGCUCCAAGCUCGAGUUGUGGGGCUUGUCAGAUGCAGCCCAACUAGUGGCCAUGCUCUGGCCACCUGGCUGUCGGAAGCUUGCCUGCUGGGACUGAGCGAAUUAACUGAGGAAAGGAGUUUAAGGCACUAAUUGUUCCCUAAGUGUCAUUCCCCUCCCUGCGGUUCAGGUCCUUGGCUCCCAUAAUUGGUUCACUGGUUUUCCAGUUGGCUUCUCAAC